UUUGUGGGAUCGUUGGAGAGGCGCGGAAUGCCGCUGCAGAGAUCGAGGUAAAUAAAUAGGAGUAGCCGAGAAUGGCAGCCGCCGCGCUCGAUCUGGCGCUACGCUUCGGUGAAACGCCGACGCUGGACGUUUUCGAGGACGACACGACGAUUCCCCGGAGGAAGAAGAGGCGUUCUUCGGCCAGACGAGUAAGCUUCGCCGAGAUUCAGACGGUCCAUGUCUUUCCAAGGGACGAUGAGUACGCAACUCCUCCUGGAGGAGUAGUGGAGGUGGCCUCUCAGCCUCUACGCAAAUCUCCAAGGCUUGCCGCUAGGAGCCAAUCUCUGGACUCCACAGACCAAAAUCCCAUUGCCAACGCCGCAUCUGAGGAUGAUGAGGAGGCUGCUGGCCCAGUUGAUAUCAAUCACAUCGUUCAAGCCAACCUGGGAUCUCCUUCGCUCGAGGACGAUAUCACCUUGGAUAGCACAACGUUUUCAGCUAAACUUUGUCGAUUCAACGACGAUGACACAGCGGCUGGAGCAGAGGAGGUCUCCAGGCGUCCCGGAUCACUGGAAAGUGAUAUGAGCUUCACGGUGCAAAAUCCUCGAAGACCACCAGAGGCAGUGCCAACAGAUUCGCCGCCAGUUUCUCUCGAUCGGACACUGUCAAUGCAGUACACGGAGAUGGUUGACGCUGGGGCACUGGCUCAAAAGCGUCGGAGAGUUUUCAGAGCUUCUCCUCGUUUCAAGGGGAAGGAAAACAGGAGUCCACUAUCUUCAGCGAGGUCCGUCCCACCGAAGAAGCUCCAGGACAUCACUGUACCACAAGUCACUUCGAGUCCAUCAUCUCCUGCGAGAGCAAUCCCACCGAAGAAGCUCCAGGAUAUCAUGGUACCUCAAGUACUUUCAAGUCCAAGUCCAUCAUCACCUGCGAAGGCAAUCACAGCGAAGAAGCUCGAAGGCAUCACUCUACCUCAAAGUUCACCAAUUCCUGAGAGAUCCAUCACACCGAAGAGGCUCCAAGACAUCACGGUAACACCCCAAGUGACUGCACGUACAUUAUCUCCUGUAAAAGCAACCGCACCAGAGCAACACCAAGACAUCACUGUCACUCCUCAAGUGCCUUCGAGUCCACCGUUUCCGACGUCAAUAGCGCCGGAAGAGCUCAAGGGUACGGUUACAGCUCAAGUUCCUCUUCAAGAUCCUUCCGCUGUGGCGAGCCGUAACAUCCAAAUCAAUUCCCAGUUGCCCGCUGUCGACCAGGAGAAGGAACUUGCUGAGUUGCGAAGCGAACUCCAGGAAAUGCACGAUAAGAACGAACAACUGAAAGCAACCAUGAAAGAACUGGAAGAUCGGAAACGAGUUUUUUCACUGACGUCGGAGUCGUGCAAGACGGAGCACUUCAAACGUCGAAUGAUUCACAAAAUACAGGGCUGGCACAUUACCCGACUCGUCAGCGAGCGAGACAGUUAUAAGCUUGAUAUAAGCCACGGCUACAGGGUGAACCAAAGCAUAACCAUUGAAGGAAAGGGAUCAGCUUCCUCUGCGUGGAUCCAAUUAACACCUCAUUUGAACUUCAUUGAAAAGGGAUUUCCUCGUAUGAAUUCGGCGCUUCUGUUUCAGUCGUUGCUACCUGCUGAGAAGCACCGAGUUAAGCAGCUUAAAAACCUUCCAGCAGCCAUGCAACAAAGCAGCGAUCUGGUUACGAACUUGAUCCAAGUCGCCACGGAGGCUAGAGAUUGUCGAGCACAUCAUCGGUGCUUGGAUUCGGUUCUUUUCACGCUUAAUAAAGACCACGGGAUAUGUUUGCAAUGCGACUUCAUGAACUAUAGAUUGCGCCUGAAGAUAACACUCGUUUUCUCGUUGCAAUCACUCUGCAAUGGGCAAUAUCCAAAAGCCAUCAUGCCUUGUGAGGUACUUGUGGACUCGACAAGGAGAACACAGAGUGUUAUUACAGAGGAGGACUUAAACACCGCAAUUUACUCUCUUCCUGCCGGAUAUCAAAGGUUUCACCGUAUAUGUGCGUGCGUAGCUACAUUCCUUCCGUGACUGGUUCUAACACUUGUAUCCGGCGCUGUAAUUAACGACUCUCUCUUUCUCGA